AUGUUGAGAUUAUUUCGUAUUACACCAACACAGACACGUUAUUUUUACAGAUCUUCAGUUCUUUCAAAAAAGAAACCAAGCAAAGGAUCUAAUAAGGGUAAGAAAGAUGAAAAUGCAAAUGGUAACGCCGAUGAAGAAGAAGUAAUCCUUGUAGAUGUUAAACAAUAUGUCAACGAGGCAAAUGAUAGGUAUUCUCAAACCUUAGAACUUCUGAAGAAAAAAUUGAACGAGGCAAAACAAGGGAAGACUAAUCCACAAAUUUUCGACCAACUUAAAUUCCCUAAUGGUUCUAUUUUUACGGAGAUGGCAAAUACCAGUUCUCGAGGGAAGAAUGCUCUUUUAGUUACUGUCUUUGAUCCUAAGGAGACUAAGAACGUUAUCAGCUUGAUUAUGGGUGCUAACCUAAAUCUGAACCCUGAAAGAGUACCAAACAAUGAGCAACAAUUGAAAAUUGCAUUACCUCCACCAACAAAGGAAUCUCGUCUUGAGCUAGCCAAAGGUUUAAAACAAAUAACAGAAGAUUUUAAAAAUUCUGUUAGUUUUAAAUAUUCACUGGGCUUUAUAAGAAGAGACAUUUUAAAUAAAAUGAAAUCAUUCAAUAAGAAAGAAAGUGAAGUUUCUAAAGUUUUAAAGACAUUAGAGACUACACAUAAAGAUUACGUCAAUAAACUACAAGAUCAACUGAAACAAGCUGAAAAAAGUGUCAUGAGCUAA